GGACACACUAGUUGAUACAUUUGGUCAAUACUGAGCUGGUUACAAGUCCACCAUCGUUUGUUGUUUGCUGUCUCGUUGGCUCGUCGGCAUGAUGAACAUAGCGAGGCUUUGAAAUCCGGGCUAUGAUCAAUUGACUGUUGGGUUCGGGCCAACUUCUCGCCGCGAGCAACUCGAGUUCGUCCCUAUAUCUUGGGAAAGGGUAUAUAAGAAACAAUAGAUUUUAGUUAUAGAAGGUCCAUCAGGUCUUCUGUCAUUUAUCUUGAUAUCACUGUAAAUCUUGGAUAAUAUCUAUUUUUUUAACUGUUGCUUGACUCCGCUUCUGGGAAAACUAAAUAUAUAGCUAUCAUGACUGAACAGCACCCCUCUAACAAGCUCCGGCAGACCAGUCGGUUUAUUACUGGUCAUAACGCCAAUGGCCUUGCAAUCUUCAAUAAAGAUAUUUCCGAAAUCAUUCCCGCCCAGAAUAUUCCCACUGGCGACAUCCUGUACCUUGGAUAUGCCACGAACCAGUUCCCAACAGACCUAGACAAAGACCUGGCAACCUAUCAGCACUACUUGACCAACCCUCCAAACUUUACUAUACCCGGCGGUACGGUGCUGUGUCAGAUAGAUCUGGCUCCCGGAAGCGUUAGCCCCUUGCACCGGACCCUGUCGCUCGACUAUGCCGUCGUGAUAGAGGGAACCGUGGAGCUAAAGCUGGAUAGCGACGAAGUGAAAAUACUGCAGCAGGGCGAUAUCGCCAUCCAGCGUGGGACAAAGCACCUGUGGCGUAACACUAGCAAUACGGAGUGGGCGCGUGUUCUCUUUAUUCUCCAGGAGUCGAAGGCAGUUGAGAUUGCCGGAGAGACACUGAAGGAAGACUUGGGAUUUUAGGGAUAGUUUUCCAGUGUUAGGAUUCUGAGAAUACAUAAAAUGGUGAUAGUAAUUGAUUACCGCGGAGGGGAAAAUUGAGACAAGCAUCUCUCCAGAUGGAAUGCAAAUACAUUUAAAUGUACUUAAUGGUUUAAAUGAUG